AUGGACCUGAGCGACGUCACGCCCCAAAUGGUGAAAAGCUCCCUGGAAGGCCUAGAACACUAUGCUUGUCUGGGCUUAGACAUUUCGGCACGAGGUGCCGCAGGUCAAGCCCUGAACCGAGCCUUGGACAAGGCCCCGCAAGUGAAGCAGGACGUGUACAAGUGGCUCACAGAGGAUUUAAAAAAAAAAUUCAGGGCCACAUGGGCCAUCGAGAGAAGCUUUGAAAAAGUUGUCAAACAAAGAGUCCGAACGGUGAGGAACGUCACCCGCCAGCAGGAAUUGGGGUCAUGGAAAUCACACCUACAAUUGUGUGUGUUUUUCGGUGGCUCUUCGGAGCCGGAAGCGAUUCGACAAGCUGACAACUAUGUGGCGAUGUGUCGCCAGUUUGGGGAGGUGUUCUGCGAGUGGAACGUUUGGACAAAGGCUGAGAACUUUCUCCUGGUGGAGAAGUUGAGCAGCAGCACGCAGGAGGAAGAGUGGAAGGAGAUCGCUUCGCAGUGCGACUGCAGCCCCACCUACGAGACCGAAGCCUACCAAAUCAAAGCACGCCGCAAGUUUGCUGCUGCAAAGGGUCUCCCCUUUGAAGCUGUGUCGCUGAAGGACAUCGAGGACUCCGACCUCGGCCUCCAGGGCUACGCCGAGAUGAUCAUCACGGUCCCGGGGAUCGAAGUGGUCGAGGACGACUCCAAGGAGCAGACCUCGGGCCGCAAGACGAACAAGCGAAAACAGAUCAAAGACGAGGAGAAGCCGGCUGCCGUGACGGACAAGAACCAGGAGACGGCUGAGAAGCAGCCCAAGCAGCCCAAGACCGAGAAGACCGACAAAGGCGACAACAAGAAGCCCAAGGCGAAGGCGAAGCCGAAGGAGGCUUCCGCAAAGGACGCAGAGAAUGGAGCCAGGCACAUCGUCCUGCAGAUCCAACGGGCGACCCAGACGAUGGACAGGCUGCAGGAAUCUUUGGCUGACGAGCCAUGGGCCGUGCCGCUCAUGAAGGAGUUCAAGACCAUGCAGGCCAUGCUCAAGGAGCAGCUCGCCCCGAAAGACGGCGACAACAUCCAGGAGUUCGUCAACGAGCUGAAGAUCUGUGUUUUUUCGGGCACGGGGCCGGGCGGCCUCAAGACCUUGAAGAAGCAGUACAAGGAUCGCUAUGUGCCGAACCUUGCAUUGUUCGCAGAUCGAUGCAAAGGUCCCGCCCAACAGUGA